GCCGCGGUCGGGCGGGGCUCCCCGGGGCGGGGCGGGCCCGGACAGGCCCCCGGCACCGCCCGGGUGGGGCGUUCCCGGGCGCCGCUUCCGCCUCGCCCGGGGCCCGGCGCGGCGGCGGCGUUGCGGUGGGGGCAGCAUGCUGAGCCCGCGGGAGCGCGGCGGGGACCUGGCCCGCUUCUACACCGUGACGGAGCCGCGGCGGCAUCCGCGCGGGCACACGGUCUACAAGGUCACGGCGCGGAUUGUUUCAAGAAAAAAUCCAGAGGAUGUCCAGGAGAUAGUAGUUUGGAAGAGAUACAGUGACUUUAAGAAACUGCACAAAGAUCUCUGGCAAAUCCAUAAAAACCUAUGCAGACAUACAGAACUCUUCCCACCUUUUGCCAAAGCGAUAGUGUUUGGGCGAUUUGAUGAAACUGUGAUUGAAGAAAGAAGGCAAUGUGCUGAAGAUCUCUUGCAGUUUUCUGCUAAUAUCCCUGCUCUCUAUAACAGCAAACAGCUUGAAGAGUUUUUUAAGGGUGGAGAGGUACACGAUGGGUCUGAAUUGAUUGGUCCUGUUGAGCCUUUGUCCGAGACUCUGACUGAUAACCUGUCUGACUGCAGCUCUGAAGUUCGAAAGGAUUUAAGCGGGCUUGAUGAUGUGAUGCUUACGAGCCAAUCGGAAUGUGGAGGCUUCUCCAGUGACAGUGACCUCAUCUCUCUGACAGUUGAUGUUGACUCUCUUGCCGAGUUAGACGAUGGCAUGGCAUCCAACCAGAGUUCUCCCAGUAGAGCUGUUGGCCUUUGUCUUACUUCUGAGCCCCCAGUACAAAGCACACUGGCACCUGAGCAGGAGUGGAGCAAACCCGAAGGAGAGAGGGAAAGCCAUAGUCUGUUUACCGGAAGCUUAAAACCCAAGCCUGGCAAACAAGAUUACUUGGAGAAAGCAGGCGAGUUGAUAAAACUGGCCCUAAAGAAAGAGGAGGAAGAAGAUUAUGAAGCUGCCCUCAGCUUUUAUAGAAAGGGGGUUGAUCUGCUUCUGGAAGGUGUUCAAGGUGAAUCAAGUCCCAGUCGUCGAGAAGCAGUGAAAAAGAAAACUGCAGAAUACCUUAUGCGUGCUGAAAAAAUUUCCAGUCUCUACCAUAAAUCCUCUGAAGAUGCAUCUGUUCCUAUGCCUCCAGGAUCACUAAGUUCAAGGCCCUCUUGGAACCUAAGGAGCCCUGCCGAGGAACUGAAGGCCUUCAGAGUCCUUGGGGUGAUUGACAAGGUUUUGCUUGUAAUGGACACUAGAACACAGCAGACUUUUAUACUGAAGGGUCUAAGGAAAAGUAGUGAGUACAGCAGGAGCAGAACGACCAUCAUCCCCCGCUGUGUGCCCAACAUGGUGUGUCUGCACAAGUACAUCAUCUCCGAGGAGUCUGUCUUUCUCGUGUUACAGCAUGCAGAAGGAGGAAAACUCUGGUCUUAUGUCAGUAAGUUCUUAAACAGAAGUCCUGAAGAGAGCUUUGAAAUUCCUGAACGGAGAACGUCCAGUUCAACUAAAAUUUACCUGGAGCAGCCGACACCUAGUCCUAAAGAAAUGGGCAGCAGCGCUGAUUCCCGAGACAGCUAUGGGGAGAGCAUGCUGAAGGUGGUCCCACUGAAGAGCAGCCUCACGCCAAGCUCUCAGGAUGACAGCAGCAACCAGGAAGAUGGCCAAGAGAGUUCAAAGUGGUUGGACUCAGGAUCCAGCUCUGAAGAGGAGUGCACUACUAGUUAUUUAACGUUAUGCAAUGAAUACGGGCAAGAAAAAAUUGAUUCUGGGUCUCUAAAUGAGGAACCGGUGGUUAAACUGGAGAGUGAAGGUCUAAAUACCAAAGAGAGAAGUAGCUUACAGAAGUGCAGCGUCGUUGGCAGUGACAGCUUCACCUCUCAGAUGGCAUCUCAGGAACGAAAGCUUUUCAUUGAUGACACCGAGUCGGAAAUAGCUAGUCCUACUAGGAUAUUGGACUCAUUAACUAGAUCCAAGAACAGCCCCAUGGAACUCUUCAGGAUAGACAGCAAAGAUAGCACUAGUGAGCUCCUGGGGCUUGAUUUUGGAGAAAAAUUAUAUAACCUGAAAUCAGAACCUUUGAAGCCGUUAUUUUCUGUCCCAGAUCACGACAGAAGCUUGGAUGCCCUGGAGACCAAAAUGGGUGUGAGAGCUCAUGACACUGUAAGCAGGGGUUCAAAUGACUCUGUGCCAGUUAUCUCCUUUAGGGAUGCUGCUUUGGAUGAUGUAAAUAGUGUUGAUGAAGGAAGGCCUGAUCUCCUGAUAAACUUACCUGGUAUGUCUGAUGAAACAGAAGAGGCAGCAAUGUCAAGGCCAACAAAGUUUACAAAAACUGAUAGGGACAUGUUGGAAGUAAAGUUAUUAGAAAAGCCUGAUGUCUUACAAUUAAAUAAUUCUGCAGAACCAUGCAAAGCAUUUGAUCAAGAGCUAGAUCAUGUGGCACCAGAAGUGGGAGAUUCUUCUCACGAGGCAGCACAUGGACAAAGCGGUGUCCCUCAGGGAGCUCUUGGCACCCUCUUUACCUCUGAGCAAGAGGUAGGUAGUUCAGAGGAUGGCACCCCGUUUCAAGGGCUUGGAGACUGCUCCUUAAAUGUGGCCAGCAAAGAAGAAAGUUUGCUUGUUUCCAGCCAGCUUUCAGGUGCUCAAGAUGUUAGCUUGGACGGAGACGUGUUAAGAAACGAAGCAGUCUUGCUAUUUUCCGAUCAAACGGAAGACUUUGGGAAAGAGGGAGCAGACCCAUCUGUGUUAUCAGCAGCUGAGAGUAAAAAGACAGCACCAAAGAGGGAAGACAAAAUAGCAGUAGCAGGGGAGAAGGAAAUACAUCAAAUUUUUCAGGACCUCGACGAAAGAUUAGCGGUAACCUCCAGGUUUUAUAUCCCAGAGGAUUGCAUUCAAAGAUGGGCAGCUGAAAUGGUUGUAGCCCUUGAUGCUUUACAUAGAGAAGGAAUUGUGUGCCGCGAUUUGAACCCAAACAACAUCUUAUUGAAUGAUAGAGGACACAUUCAGCUAACGUAUUUUAGCAGGUGGAGGGAGGUUGAAGAUUCCUGUGACAACGAUGCCAUAGAGAGGAUGUACUGUGCCCCAGAGGUUGGCGCUAUCCUAGAAGAGACAGAAGCCUGUGACUGGUGGAGCCUGGGUGCCAUUCUUUUUGAACUCCUCACCGGCAAGCCUCUGGUUGAGUGCCAUCCAUCAGGAAUAAACACUCACACUUCUUUGAGUAUACCAGACCAUGUAUCAAAGGAGGCCAGAUCACUUAUUCAGCAGCUUUUGCAGUUUAAUCCUGCGGAGCGUCUUGGUGCUGGCGUUGCUGGUGUUGAAGACAUCAAAUCUCAUCCGUUUUUUGCCCUUAUAGAAUGGGCAGAUCUGCUGAGAUGAGAUAUACGUGCCCUCUCAACAAACUCAGGUCAAGUGGACAAGUUUCCCUGGCACAGAAGCAGCCGGACUGGCUUCCUUUGGAUGUCCCAAACCAUUUGGAUGUGAUGACUAAAGGACGUUGGAGCAAUCAGGCCAAAAGUGAACAUUUUUAACAGGAAUCACUGGUUGUACAGGGUGCUAACUUAUUUUUACAACAACUGGUUGCUGCGUGUGUGUAAGUCUUUCCACCAGAGGGUGGUUUGGGAUGGAACUCCUGGGCAGCGUGUUUAGCGCUGCCAGCUUGUCCACUACGUAUGACCAGGAGUGCGCUCCUGGUGCUUCAUCUCAUGAUUGAAGCGUCUAUAGACUGUGCCAGUUGAAAGCAUCUUUUAUAGUGUCAGUAGAACAUUUCCCUAUGCUAAGUGCAGCUGGGGGAGACCAGGGGGAGGAAGCAACAAAUAAUUUAUUAAUGGUAUAUACUGAAUAAAAUACUAAAAUGCUUUAUGCGAAAGUUGACAUGUUAAAAAUAAUAUAUCCAUUCAAAAUUAAGAAAGCUGUUGCAUAAUACUGUGGAAUGUGUCUUGAAAAUGGCAUACUGUUUCCAACUGUGCAAAGAGCAUAUAAAAGGCAAAUAAUGCUGUCAAAUGUUGUACUUUGUUGGCUGGCAAUGUCUGUUUAAAACUCUUAACUCCGUUGUAUUUGAUGAGCUACAUGUUAAAGUCACUACAGAAAGGGAAAUCUUUUCCUCAGCCGGAUAAACACAGCUUUAGCACUCUAAUAAGGAGCAAGAAAACAUAAUGCUAAAUAAAUGUAUAGAUUAAAAAAGGAAAAAA